AUGCUCACCUCGCAAGGUCUAGCAUCGGUCAGCAGCCUUGUCUCUCAUCCUGACGAUGAAGAUAAAGGCGCAAGCUAUGAGCAACGUCGUCCUUACGGCUCCUUUUCGAGGGAAGCACAGCCGUCUACAACUGCCGCUGCCGCUGCCGCUGCUGCAGGGCCGGCAAGAGGAGCAGCAGCGGCGGCGUCUUCUUUUCCACUGGCACGGGCGGCAGACGCAGACAAGAAGCGAGGAGGCGGGGAAGAAGGCAGAGGCGCGUCGAAGCAGACCAAGGAAGACGAGGCGCAGGACCAUCAAGGCCUUUCAGACGCGGCUCAUGCCCCGCACCGCCCUCCUCCACCACUCGAGGCCAAAGUUGGAGCUGCCUUGGUGAACAGACGCAGAGGCACACCUUCUUCCUUCUACCCUCAGCACAACACUCACCUCUCAUCAGCCUCUGACUCUCCCGCGAGCCCACGGAAACACUCUCCUUCCUCGCCUCUACCCAACGGGUCAGCAGAUUUCAGCCCGGCACCUCCACCUCUUCCAGCACGCGCCAGUCCUUUCCAACGCUUCGUAUCCAGUCCUCCGCCCACCAACGGGUACCCACGCAGCAAAGCCUUCAAAUAUCGUCCAGACACCACAGAGGCAGAUUUUGAGUCGGCUCCUCAGUCAAAGGCGGAUACAAAGGCCGAGUUUCGCACGUUUGGUCUACGAGGUCUAGCCAAAAGAGCAGCUUCUAUAGCUGGCUUCUCCUACCCUUCCCAAGCAGACAGUGACGUCCCUCCGGUCCCGUCCCUUACCGAGCUACCUCGAGGUCUUCUCACUAGGAAUAGACGACAGGAGCAGCGUAGCUCCGGUAAUUGGAUAAGUCCCUCCCCUUCGGGCCUUAGACCCAUCACACUAGGUCUUGCUAGCUCAACUUCGGCAUCGGGUUACGGCUCCACCUCUCAUAGCAGGAGCGCCUCGGUCAGCAGUAGCACUUCUCGUUCUUCGAGGCUCACAGAGGGAAGCAGUGCUCCGCAGACUCGCUCUGCUCCUGCGACUGUAGAGAGUACGCCUCACCAGAGGGCGGAAUCGACUUUUGGCACAAGUUCAUCGGCACCUGCCCGAGGAACACUUCUACGGUCACCUUGCAAGAGAGAGUCCGGCUCGGUCUUCGAUCAUCACGAGCGAGAUCUUGAAAGUUCCUCUUCGUUCUCUGAUUCGUCUUCAGUCUCCUGCUACCAACAUCGCAGUCGAGAGGAUACCUACGACUCCCCUCCGUCUCUGUGGAAACACCGAGAGUCUAUCACCUCGACUGCCGAGCGAAGUUCCGGACCUCCGACUGACUCGGACGACAGUGCGGACAAGCGAGAUUCCAUAACGUCUGCAACCCGGGGUUCCUCGCUGUACACACCUUCGGCUUUACAGAUUGCGCUAGCCAUGCCGCCUAAGGCCACUGCCAAUGGGCGCGCUGCUGCCGGGACCAAGUCUAAAGCAGAAGCAAAGGGCAAAGCUGAGCCAAAGAAGGACAAGCGAGAUAGUACGGCUCCUACACCUUCGAAUGGCGAUGCAAAGAAUGCAAAGCGGCGCAGCAUCUCGACGAAUACCUCUGGCAGCGGAGGCGCUGCAGAGAGCGAGGACAGUGAUGCUGAAGGGUUUGAAGACGCCGAGGGUGGAGCUGGUGAAGAGCGAGAGGACGCCGAGGAGCCUGCUGGAGAAGAGACAGCUGAGGCACCUUCAGAGGAGCCGGGACCUUCAGCGCAGGAGUCGGGUGCCACUGGCUCUCUGCCUGCUGUGGAGACCUUGACUGUCGACCCAACACAAGCUGAGGGCGCUGAGCAAUCUGCAUCGCCUCUGCCCGAGGCUGAUGAGGCUAGCGCAACUACUCCUCUCACUGCCCGUCCACCUCCGCCUCCUCCUCGGCCUGUAGCGGCUGCGUCUCCCAGCACUCCAACGGCGCGUAAGAACUCAACGCCCUCGCUGUGGGACCGGCUGAAGACACCGCAGGAGCGAGCAGCCGAGGCGGCCCUUAAGUCGCCUUCACCCCCGCCUGCUGCUUCUUCAACUGUGACAGCCCCUCAAUUACAGCAGCGUCAGCUAUCGAGCGGCUCACUCUUGAAUUCCCUCACCUCUGCGGCCAACUAUGCGGCGAGCUCUGCCGCCUCUCGUGGUUUCAACCUUCCCGAGCGACUAGGCGGUGGUGCUGCAGCUGCAGCUUCUCUCGCCCAAGGACCCCUGGAACGCAAGCGCCUUCCUCGUUACGAAGUCGACGAAGGCAAGAUGAUGGAGGACCAAAUGCGCUUCGCCGAGGCCCGCCAUCUCCUCGCCACCUCCACCCAGCUGGAGCAGGUGCGCUCCUUAGGCAAGGACCUGGAGGGUGGGUGGAGGGAGAAGCUCGCAGAAGUCACUGAGCUCCACCUCAAGCUGGAGGACCUGACGGCCAGCGUGAGCGAUAUUCAAGACGAGAACGAACAAUUGCGUACGCAGCUCGCCUCCCUCUCUGAGCAGAUUGCCCUGCGUGAAGAAGACUUCGAGGCAUUCCAGCGUCUGACGAUUGCUCACCAGGAGAGGGAAAAGGAACUGUGGGUCGUCGAAUCCCAGGAGGAGAAGGAAAGGCUAGAGUGGAAGGAGAGGGAGGCGGUGAGGAUUCUUGCAGAGGAGAGGGCCAUCAAUGCCCAACUUCGACUGGUACUGCUUGGCUCCCUCAAUGGAGCUGCCACCGAGGAAGGUGGUGGUGGCGCAUCGAGCAAUGCUUCCUCUUCAGGUCUUGUGCGGGACAGUGGAUUAAUCGAAAAGAACUCAUCGCACGACUCUGCAGGCAGCAGUAGGCGCUCAGCCGUCUUUGAUGUCGCAGACGGGGAUGGCGAGGAGCUGGAGCGCGGCGGGCCUCGUGACCGCGAUCCCAGUGGGGGAGAAGAAGGAGCAAUCCAGGACGACGUCCUCUUCAACCUCAACCUACCGCAUACUGCCAGUGGCGGACGCACCACUCCAGGCGCAGGUGGAGGUGCUGGCGGAAGCGCCGAGACUGGAAUGGGUACGGCGAACCGUUCAGCCGUCGCUUCGCUCUUUUCGGACGUGGUACCUCUGGACCAAUUGAGGUUGAUCCUCAAGAUGCCUCCUGCCGAGGAGGAAGAAGCAGCACAGCGAAUCCUCUCUGAGGCUCCCCCCUCGGGAGCUGCAGGUAUGACUCCUUCUGCUAGUCAGUCUUCCUUGCGAGAGCAGGAGAACAGCACACUCACCACCUCUAGCAGCAAUGGCGCCCUCGGUCUCGGCCUCGGCCUCGGCCUUGGCAGUAGCAACAGCAGCAAAGCCACCCACGCCCUCUCCCACCCCUCUGUGCAACAAACCCUCACAUCUCAAAAGUCCCUCGCAGACUAUCAACUCUCCCAAGCCCUCCAAUUGGAAAACCUCUCUAUCCGCUCUCAAUUGAGAGAUGCCAAUCGACGCGCGGGGCUAGCAGAGGAAGAGGUCAAGGGGUUGAAAGAAAAAGUGAGGGGGAUGGAAGAGGCGGUUAGUGGAUUGCUUGAAGGAGGUGGGUUUGCGGGUUUUGGGGGUGCGGGUGCGGGUGCGGGAAAGAGUGGGUAG